AUGGCAACAUUUUGGUCAGGGAGGCCUGGUUGGUUAGGAAAAGUAGGAAUAGCAUUGUUAGCUACGUGGCUUUUGGUACUAAUAAUAUCAGUAUCACAUAUCUUUAAGGCUAAUAAUUUAUCAUCCAAUAAUGAAAAUCCUACAAACAAAGAAAAUGCUCAACGUUUAGCUCAAAUGGUUAAUGAUUUUGAAAUCCUGAAGAGACAAAACGAAGCGUUGAAAAAUAUAGUUUUAGGGUAAGUUUAUAAUAGAAAUUUAUAAAGACAGACAGAUUUAUUUAAAGUAUAAAACAAAGAGCAUUGUGAUCUUUUCGUUGUACAGGAUAACAUAAUUUCCAGAGAAAGAUCAAAAUCUAUUCAAGGAGAUCAUUUAGGUUCGAUACAAGAAAAACUUGAAAAAGUUUCUCUUUAUGAUGAUAUAUUGGAUCAUCAAGAUACUGUUAAGUAUGGAGUCCCUUCUUCUGAAUAUGAAGAAUCAAGAAGAAGGAUAA